UUGAUCCUCCUUCGAGCUCGAGCCAUGCUGAUCCAAGUCGUUGCCCACCCGUCGCAGCGUGUGAGUGUCUUGAUCCUCCUUCGAGCUCGAGCCAUGCUGAUCCAAGUCGUUGCCCACUCUUCGCAGAUGCUGAUCCAAGUCGUUGCCCACUCUUCGCAGGCUUAUGUGAGUGUCUUGAUCCUCCUUCGAGCUCGAGCCAUGCUGAUCCAAGUCGUUGCCCACUCUUCACAGUAUCUUGUAAGCGUGAUCAUCCUCUGUCGACCUCCUGCCUGGCUGACUGAUGCAAUUCUUGAUCCAAUGUCAGGAUGUGAGUCUCUUCAUUCGCUGUUGACAUUGAGCCCUGCUGACCAAGUACGUUUGGUGAUUCGUUGAGCAGUCAGUGUUUUGAUCCUUCGUGGAGCUCGAGCUUUGCUUAUCACUCACAUUGCGCAUUCC